AUGUCGUUUUGGGUCUACAUGUUUCCAGUAUUCGGUAGCCUACAGGUGAUACUACUAGCCGUUUUGUGUGUCAUCGCUGCACUUGUACUGUGUGGGCGGCCGAGAAAUCUGCCACCAGGACCGAGAGGACUGCCGAUUGUCGGGAACGCCAUAAGCCUACUCAAGGAUCCUCCUGCACUGGUUUAUACCGACUGGGCAAAGAAGUACGGUGACGUUUUUACAGCCUAUUUUGGACCCACGCGGACGGUAGUUCUCAACGGUUACGCCACCAUCCACGAGGCGCUGGUGAAGAACGCGGAGGACUUCUCCAGCCGCCCGACUGCUCAAGCAUCAUUUACUCCAGAUGGAAAGACACUUGGAAUUGCGCAAGAGGUCUACGGUCCAAAAUUGAAGGAACACCGUAAGUUCGCUGUGAUGAAUCUUCGCGACUUCGGGCUUGGGAAGAAAAGCCUCGAGGGGAAGAUUCUUGAAGAGUCACGAGCACUUUGUGAUGAGAUCUCUAAAAUAGACGGCCGCCCGUUUUGUAUCUCUCAGAUGAUGCAGAAUGCAGUUUCAAACGUCAUCUGUUCAGUUUUAUUCGGUCGUCGCUAUGAGUACGAUGACAUGGCCUUCAAAAGCCUUCUGCAAUCAAUGAGAGGGAUUCUCACUCGAGAUUUUGCAGUAGUGUUGGCGCAGUUUUUUAGUCCAGUGAAGGUUCUGCCGGGCGUUAGAAAGCCGUAUCAGCAACUAAGGAAGAACAUGAAAAAACUAGAAGAACACAUUAAAGAAAAGAUCAAAGAGCACGAGGAAACGCUUGACUCCGAUAACAUCCGAGAUUUUAUUGAUGCAUUUAUCCUGGAGUCGAAAAAACGACAGGGACAUGGGAACUCCAUCUUUACAGAGCAGGAACACACCGUGAUCGUUUAUCAGAUGUUUCUGGCAGGAACUGACACAACAACUAACACCUUACAUUGGGCCUUGCUCUACAUGAUCCUCCAUCCGGACAUCCAGGAGAAAGUACAGCAGGAGAUAGACAGCGUGCUGGGACCCAACCAGAAACCGGAAAUGGUACAUCGUAGUCAGAUGCCGUACACGGAGGCAACCCUGGCGGAAGUGACAAGGAUAUCACCUGUUACGCCAAUCACCAUUCCUCAUGGAACCAGCAACGAUACAGUUUUCAGGGGAUACAACAUCCCAAAGGACACUGUGGUGACAGUGAACAUCUGGUCCGUGCACCAUGACCCAAAGCUGUGGCCGGAGCCGGACAAGUUUGACCCCACUCGCUUCAUUGAUGACGAGGGCAAAUAUGUGAAGAAGAUUGAAAUCAUUCCGUUCUCCAUCGGCCGUCGUAUCUGCCCUGGUGAGCAGCUGGCCAGGAUGGAGCUCUUCCUCUUUUUCACAUCUCUGCUGCAGCGCUUCACCUUCAAGCUGCCAGAGGGCGCCCCCCCCCCCUUCCAACAAAGGGAUGCACGGACCAAUAUAUAAGCCCAUGUCAUUCAAGCUGAUUGCAGAGCCUAGGGAGUAAACGAUACAUGGCUUCUGCACAAAGUGUGCUGAUUGGUCAAGUGUAAGUUGUAAGUGCUGUGUAAACAAUAGUGGUGUGAUCCCAAACCUGUCGCAAUUAAAUGUUAUCAGUUUCCAUUUAAGUAUUGUGCUCAACGCAAUGGGUUGUGCAUCAAUCUUAAUGUUUAGUAUCGUCUCUACCCAGUUGUUCCUGUUUGCGCAAACCAUUAUCUAUUCUUGAGAAGUAUAAAUCGGCCGGCAGGCCGCUUUUUAUUCAGGUCAUCAGGGAGGUCAGGAUCAGAUUAACGGUAACAAAGGUACACAUUACAUCAUGUUAAAUCCUGAUCGACAAAAUAUUAUUACACAUAACUGAUACAAAACCUACGAAUAA